AGUUCAAUAAGAAUUUAUUAUUUUUUAUUUAACCGGUUAGAGAAUUAAUUAUUGAUAAUGGUGAUUAAAUUUUGAAACAAUUCGAUAAUUGUUUUACGCUGAUAUAAUAUAUAUAUACUACAAGAAAAUUUUUAAUUUGUUGAACAGUUUUCCAUUCGGUGAAAAUGUCUAUACCGUUAUAUUGUUACACACAAGUUCGUAAAUAUUUUUUAAAAGGAGCACCAAGGGCUUGGAAAACUGAAGGUGUCAAAUAUGAACAAGUAACUUAUUAUCCUAGACAUAAAGAUCACAAAGAUCCUCCAAUAACACCAACAAAACUCUUAAUGGUUCAGCGCGUAAAGCCGUACAAAGGCAAUCCGUACUGGGACAAAUCUGUACUUAAGCAAUUGGGCUUAGAUAAAGUGUCUAGUGAUAUUGCGAUCGUGAAAAAUAUACCAGAAGUGUGUAAAAUGCUUUGGCAAAUUAAGCAUUUAAUAAAAGUAACUCCAAUUAAUAUGCCAGAUAAAUUACCCAAUGAUAAUUCGGUACAGACUUGGCUUCAUGAAAAUGGUGAUUUGCUGAUGGCUCCAAGAGUUGAUCCGGAACGUGAACGAGCCACUAUAGAAUUUAUGAAUAAUCCGAAACGACUAGAUCGUAAAACACUCAAAGAAGAAUUGAGAAUGAGAUGGCUUAAUCCUUAUGAGUUGUAGAUUUAAUUAUCAUUGAAUAAAAUACAAUACGUCAU